CAUCUUACAUCGAAGUACUUCUUGGGAUCCUCAUUUGGCGGAAACGGGGGAUUUAUGUUGUAAACGUUUGUCAUUAUCGAUGGAUCACCUUCAAAUUUAUUAAUCGCGAGAGGAGUUAAAAAUCGAGCGCAUUUAUUUGCCUUUGGUAGAAGCAACCAAUUGAAACCAUCCGUGCUGAUCAUCGUAUAAUUACUACAAGAGAAUUUUGCAAUAACUGAGAAUUUUCAGUGCCUACGCAAAUUCCGGCAUGACCCAGGAUAUCUAAACUCUCCAGCAAUUUUACGCAUUGCAUUUUUUAGUCGUGCGUUUUAUUAUGUUGCUAAACUACAGAUAAAUUAUUGGCAGAUUAAGCGAAGAAUAACUUUCUAAUAUUUUCAAAACAAUUGAAAACUUAGGUCUUGUCAUAAACAAUUAAAUUCGUAAUUUGUGAUUGCAUAAAAAAGUUGCAGCGAGUGUACACAACCAAUGUAAACAAGUUAUAACAUGUCGUGUUUUGAACGUUAGUUCUGUUCGUUAGAAGAAGUAAAAUGUCUUCGUCCGAGGAGGAAAGUGAUAAACUUUCAGAUCUAGAAGUUAUUCGCGAUAGAAUUUUAACUGAACCCCGAGGUGAACGUAUGCAAGUUAGUGCCUGGGAAGAUGAUGACGAUGGAGUGGAAGCUGAACGUAAUGCAAAAGAACCUGAUGCAAAGGAAAUUCUUGAAGCAGCUGAACGAGGUGAUUUGGCAAAGAUCAAAAAGUUGUUAACAAAAAAUUUACGGUUGUUAGAAUGUACUGAUAAAGAUGGUUAUACACCAUUGCACAGAGCUUGCUAUGGUAAUCAUGUGGAAAUUGUGGAGUAUUUACUUCAAGCUGGUGCAAAGAUAGAUGCUAAAACUUUGGAUGAAUGGCAACCAUUGCAUUCAGCUUGUUGCUGGAAUAACGUGGAAUGUGCUGCAGUUUUAAUUGCAAAUGGGGCAGACAUAAAUGCUCAGAGUAAAGGGGAUCAAACACCUCUGCAUUUAGUGUGUGCAAGCUCUCAUAAUUCCCGUUCAUUGCAACUCCUCCUCCUGCAUCCAGACACGAAUCAUCGUUUAAUAAACUCAAGUGGUGAUACAGCAGAGCAGAUUGCUAGAAGAACAGGGAAGUACUAUCCCAUGUUUGAAAUUGUUGAGGACUGUUUAAAUAUAAUAUAAGAUGGAAUUGUGGUGCAAAACAGUUUCUUUAAGGAAUGAGAAACGAAUUCGAGCGAUAUUAUUUUUAUAAAAAUGCGAAUACGAUGUCGAUGUGGUGUGAUGAUUGCAUGACUCGAGUGUUUCUCUUCAAUAAAAUAUCGAUAAAAUAGAAACGAAUGUUCGAUGCUAUACAAAAUAAAUUGUUCGUUGCGUUGA